AUUUUUUCUGAAAAAUGAACGAAGACUGGACAACUAAGAAAGUAGACAAAUAUGUUGUUGUUAAUAAAACAUUGGGAUAAGGUGCCUAUGGUACAGUGUAUAGAGGCUUUCUAUAAGAGGAUGAAACAAAGCAAGUGGCUGUAAAAACAAUAAAAAUUGCUGUAAUAACUUUAGGUUUAUUCAUUAGACCAUCUCAGACACACCAAAAAUGAUAGAAUUAAUAAAGAGAGAAAUUGCUAUACUAUAGAGGAUUAAUCAUCCUAAUAUAGUGAGAUUAUUUGAUGUAGCAAGAACAAAUAAUUACUUAUAUAUGUUUCUUGAAUAUUGUGCUGAUGGAGAUCUUAAAGAUUACAUGGCUAAAAAAGAGGAAAAACGUUUAAGUGAAGUAAUUUUUUAUGAUUAUUCUUUAGUUAGAAGCAGUAAUAUUUAUAAAACAUAUUGUGGAAGGAUUUAAAAGGUUGUACAAAUAAAAAAUCAUACAUCGGGAUAUAAAACCUGCAAAUAUUCUUCUUCAUUAAGGAGUAGCUAAAAUAACAGACUUUGGUUUUGCUAGAGUGAUGGAUACUGAAAUGAAUGGUAAUAGACAUUUUUAUUUUAUUAUUUUUUAGAUCCUGCAUAUUUAUCAAGAUUAGGUUCACCACUCUAUAUGGCACCUUAAAUUUUAGAGGGUUAACCAUUUUCAGCUAAAUGUGAUGUUUGGUCUGUUGGAGUAAUGUUUUAUGAACUUUUAUACGGUAGAACACCAUGGGCAGCAGAAACUGCAUUUUAAUUAUUAGAAAAUAUUAAAAAAUAAGUAUUUUUAAUAUUAAAUUUAGCCAUUAAAAUUCUUUCCUAAACCUGUUAGAUCAUAAAAAGUUAAAGAAUUAAUAACAUUAAUGUUAAGAGUUUAAGAAAAAGAUAGAAUUUCUUGGGAAGGAGUAUUUGAAGAUCCAACAAUUAAAAUUGAUGAAGAAAUUAUAAAAGAAAAUAUGAGAAAUAUAUUAAGAGAAAAAGGUAUUUCAUUAUUAUGAUAUAUACUUAUAUAGAUGAAGUAUCUAAAUCAAUAAGUUUGAAUAAACUUUAUAUUGAUUAAAAUCUAGUUGUAGGAUAUUUAGCUAAGAAUCCAAUUAAUACAUUAGAAAAUUCAAAUUAAUCUACUUUAGAUGCAUCAUCUGAAGCUAGAUCUUAAUCAGCCAAAUUUUCAAGUUAAUUUGAUCCUGAAUCCAAUGUUUAUUAAAUUUAUUAUUAUUAUAGGGUGAAAUUAUUAUGAGUAAUUACAAAAAUGAAAAAAAAAGAAGAGAUGCUAUGUUAAAAUAUAACAAUUACUUUUUGUUUGAAAGAAAUAUUGCAUUUUUCUUUAAUUUUGUUAUUUAGAAAGUUAUAAAAUUAUAAACUAUCUAAAUGCUACAAUUAACUAAUGAUAAUUAUUUUAGAUUGAUUUAUUUGAUAGCUAAAAAUUAGAUGGUUCAUUUAGAAAGAGUUAAUUAAUAAUUAAAUAGAAAAGAUCAUGAUAAAUUUGAUAAAGAAACUUGGGGAAGAUUUUUGGCAUCUUAAGUAUAUAUAUAUUAAUAUUUUAUUUAGGAAUAUUAAAAAUUAAUAUAACUUAUAUAAAUGGAUAUGAAACAUUCAUCUGAUUUCUUUUCUGAAAUAUCCAAGAAAUGUAAUCAAGUUCAAUAAGAAGAAUUAUAAAAUGGAAAAGCUUCAAGUUAAACCACAAGUUUAAUUAAAAAUUUCCUAUCUAUUCAUAAUAAUAACUUUGAAGCUAAUGACACUUUUCAUAUGUUAUAUAGAGAUGUAAUUGUUGAAAACUUAAAGAUUAUUAAAAAUUUAAAUAGCAAAGAAACUGAAGCUAGUUUGCUAAUACUUUAUUUGACGAUAUGUUAAAAUCCAUAUGAAGAAUUUAAAGAUAUCAAUUAUGAUUUCAAUACCUUCUAUGAAGAAACAGAAAAUUUAAAUCUUUAAGAAAUAUAAGAAAAACUUCAUAAGAAAGGAAUAAAAUGA